AUGCACCUUAUCAAACCGCAGUGGUUGACGCACCCAGGUCAGUUCACCCUCGCGCACAGCGUCGCAUUUGCGACUGGCGACCUCAAGGACUUUGAAGUCUACAGCUGUCACGUCUCACCCGAUGGAUCGCGUCUUGUCACGGCAGCAGGAGAUGGAUAUGUGCGCAUAUGGUCUAUCGACGCCAUUCUUAACUCCCACGACCCCGAAUACAAGAAGCCGAAGCAGCUAGCCGCUGUUAGCCACCACUCGGGCACCAUCCACGCAGUCCGCUUCUCUUCCAACGGCAAAUACCUGGCAUCUGGCGCAGACGACAAGAUAAAGGGUACAGGGACGAACGAAGCUCCACCCGUGGAGAAUUGGCGCGUCAUUCGCCGUCUGAUAGGUCACGACAACGAUGUGCAGGAUCUCGGUUGGUCAGCAGAUUCGUCGAUCCUAGUUUCGGUGGGCUUGGACUCGAAAGUGGUGGUCUGGUCGGGACACUCGUUCGAAAAGCUGAAGACGCUAUCGAACCACCAAAGUCACGUCAAGGGAAUUACCUUCGAUCCGGCGAACAAAUACUUCGCAACUGCAAGCGACGACCGCACUAUCAAAGUCUACCGAUUCAACUCCCCGCCACCAAAUGCUACGCAACAAGACCAGGUCAACAACUUCGUCCUCGAGCACACAAUCACCACCCCUUUCCUCACCUCGCCCCUCACCACAUACUUUCGCCGCUGCUCCUGGUCGCCCGACGGUGCACAUAUUGCGGCAGCGAACGCCACCAACGGCCCGGUCAGCUCGGUCGCCAUCCUGGAUCGCGGUACCUGGGAUGGCCAACCAAGCCAGACCAGUUUGAUCGGCCAUGAAGGACCGGUCGAAGUCACGGCCUUUUCGCCUCGACUCUUUUACCAGCAACAGCCUCGGGUCGAGCACGAUGGAAAUAUCCACCAGCCCACGGUCACAGUCGUUGCCUGCGCCGGACAAGACAAGUGCCUGAGCAUUUGGAACACGGUCCUUGCUAGGCCGUUCAUGAUGACUCAAGAACUAGCAGCUAAGUCUAUUACGGACAUGGCAUGGGCACCCGAUGGCGAGAAGUUAUUUGCAACGAGCCUGGAUGGAGGCAUAUUGACUAUGGUCUUCGAGCCGGGAGAGUUGGGUUUCCCCGCGUCAUUGGCGGAGAACGAGAAAACUUUGUCCAAGUUUGGUGCUGGCCGAAGAGUUGGUAUCAUCGAGGGCACUGACGCUCUUUUGCUAGAAGAGAGCAGCAAAAGUGGAGAGCUCAAGGGUGUCCAAGGUAGGAUGGGUGCACUCAUGGGCGAUGGUGGUGCAGUCCAGCCUCCCAUCACAAAUGGCGCCAAUGGCAUUGUCCCCUCAACGACUCUCACCAAUGGCUCAAGUUCGACCGCACCUGCAGCAGCACCAGCUCCCGCACCAGCUCCCGCGCCAGCUCCCGCGCCAGCUCCCGCGCCAGCCGAGCCACCUGUAGAUCAGAGAGUUGAGAAGCUGAAGCAAAGGGUUACGGUCACCAAAGAAGGCAAGAAGCGCAUAGCACCUAUGCUCGUCUCGUCAUCAUCUGGUGUUGGCACAUCAUCACUGCCUCAGACGCAACUCAUCUCCGCGAAAACAACAUCUGGAGCGAGGAGCGACAACCCACACAACAUACUGGAUCUUUCAAAGCCAUACGAUGGUUUCCCAAAAGGUGGACUCGCAUCAAUGCUGAUUGGCAACAAGAGGAAGUUUGCUGAAAUUGAGGGUGACGAGGACCGACAGGUCGAGCGAAGGUUAGCUGCUUCGGUGCGGCCUGGCGGAGCUGCUGUGGUAUUGAACAGCGAAAGUGGUCUCAUCCCUCCAGCGGCUGCAGCCUCGAAGAGCAACGAUGUAGCCGAGCCAUCCAAGGUUUUGCGGCCGGCGAUUAUCAGCCCCUCCUUGAGUGUGAGCCAGGUACGGUUGGCUGUGCCAAAGGUACGCAGCGUCAUCACUCGAACCGCGGACGGAAGCGAGCCACAGCGCAAUGGCGUAGACGCCAAUACAGCGGCAUGCGAAGAUGGAUCGAUCUAUGCUUGGUCGCCAGCAGGUCGACGGACACUGAACGCUAUGGUUCUGGACGCACAACCUGUCAUCAUGGACUGCAGAGGCUGGUGGCUAAUGUGCAUAUCCGCAGUCGGGAUGUGCCACAUCUGGAACCUCAAGACGAUGUCAGCACCACACCCACCGAUAUCUUUGGCACCUAUACUCGACAUCGCCGCGCAUACUCAAGGACCCCAUCUUACAAGAUCGCCUGGCAUCGUCUUUGCUCGACUCAACUCUGCAGGCUGUAUUGUGGUUGCAAUGUCAAAUGGUGAGGGUUACGUGUACAAUUCCAGCAUGUACAUCUGGCAGAGGAUCUCGGAACCUUGGUGGUCCGUUGGCAGCCAAUACUGGAACACCACAGAUUCAUCAGUCAGCAACAUCAGAUCUAGUCAGGACAAGGCAGCACCGAAAGAGAAGGAUGAUCAAGUUUCGAUCGAGAACAUAUCGGCAGGCAUUAUACCAGCACUCGAGCGCAACACCACGAACCAGUUUCUUUUGCAGGGCCGCGCAUUCUACUUGCAAAGACUUAUCAAGGCACUCAUUUCUGCCGAAGGUUAUGAGACCUUUGAGAGCUCUGUUAGUGUGGCGCAUCUCGAGAAUCGUGUCGCUGCUGCGAAGACACUCGGCGCGAGGGAAGAGUUCAAGAUAUACCUUAGCAUGUAUGUCAAGCGCUUGGGAGCUGAAGGUUUGAAGGGUAAGAUAGAGGAGCUGCUACGAAGCCUGACAGGCGACCUCAUCGUUGAGGAAGAUGAGGAAAGUGGAGAGCAACAAGAGGAAAUUAUCUGUGGUUGGAAAAGAGAAGAACUGCUCAAGGAGGCCGUCCUGAUCCUCGGUAAACAUCGCGACCUUCAGCGCAUCACCGUCCCAUAUGCACGCCUACUCGGCAUCGUCACCGAGGACCAGCGCCAGGACGAACAGGCUAUGAUCACUGACAUGUAG